UUCCCACAAACCAAAAUCAAACUCUCUCCAUUUCUCUCAAAUAUCUCUCUUAAUUAAUCCCUAGGCCAAAUGUUGAAGCCUCAACUUCACCAAUCUCAAUCUUCCAAAUCCCUCUUCCCACUGGCCAACAAGCCAUUUCUCCAUGGAAAUGGCGCCUCCGCCAAUGCUUUUCUUCCACUUCAUUCACGACUCUCCCUCAAGAAAUCUCCCAAAAUCCGAGUUGGGUUCGUCCCCUCCAACAUCAAAGCCUCAGUAGCUGAUUUAACCGAACGAAAAACCACCGCUGUUAAGGCUGUUGUCACUGUGAUUCCAACCGUCAGUAGUUUGCUUUCUAGCAUUUCUAUUGACAGCAGUUUGGAUACUUUACAAGAUGCCCUCGGCAAAUCUCUCCUCUUGGAGCUCGUCAGCGCCGAGCUCGACCCCAAGACUGGAUUGGAGAAGCCAACCAUUAAGGCGUUUGCACACAAAGGGAAGGAGGUGAAAGGAGAGGCAACAUACGAGGCUGAGUUCAAGAUUCCGACGGAUUUCCGAGAAGUUGGAGCGGUGUUUGUGGAGAAUGAGCACCACAAGGAGAUGUUCUUAAAGGAUAUUGUUCUUGAUGGAUUCGAUACCGGUAAGGUGAAGAUAAUAUGUGGCUCAUGGGUUCAGCCUAAGACCGAUAAGACGCAGAAGAAGAGAGUCUUCUUUACAGCUAAGUCAUACUUGCCAUCAAACACACCGAAUGGACUGAUGAAGCUGAGAGCCGAAGAGCUUGUCAAUCUACGAGGCAACGGACAAGGAGAGCGCAAGAACACCGAGAGAAUUUACGACUAUGAUGUGUACAAUGAUCUUGGAAACCUUGAUAAGAGCGAAGAUUUGGCUCGACCGGUGCUCAGUGGGAAGCAACACCCUUACCCUCGCCGCUGCAGAACAGGACGGCGUCGGUGUGACAAAGAUCCAUAUUCUGAGAAAUUAGCCACCAGCACAAUCUACGUACCCAGAGAUGAAGCCUUCUCAGACAUAAAAGAGCUAACAUUUUCAGCCAAAACUCUCUACUGCGCCCUGCAUGCUUUAAUCCCGACGAUCCAAACUUCGAUCGUCGACUCCGAUCUAGGGUUUCCAUACUUCACAGCCAUAGACUCCCUCUUCAACGUAGGAAUCAACUUGCCCCCACUCACUAAACAAGGGUUCUGGAAAACACUCAUCCCCAGAUUGGUGAAGGCCAUUGAGGAUAGCAGUGAAGAUGUGCUGCGUUUCGAGACCCCUGAAGCCAUGACCAGAGAUAGGUUUUUUUGGUUUAGGGAUGAGGAGUCUGCUCGGCAAACUCUGGCUGGUCUCAACCCAUUAUGCAUAAAAUUGGUCACGGAGUGGCCAUUGAAAAGCACACUCGAACCUGCAGUUUAUGGUCCACCACAAUCAAAAAUCACCACAGAGAUCCUCGAGAAGGAAAUCAAAGGCUUCAUGACUGUCGAUGAGGCCAUCAAACAAAAGAAGCUGUUCAUUCUAGAUUACCAUGACUUGAUGCUACCAUAUGUUCAGAAAGUGAGAACGUUAAAGAACACAACGCUUUAUGGAUCUCGCACGGUGUUUUUCCUAACCCCAGAUGGCACGUUGAGGCCUCUGGCCAUCGAGCUCGUUCGACCUCCGAUGGACGGCAAACCCCAGUGGAAAGAAGUGUACACUCCCAGUUGGAACUCCACAGAUUGCUGGCUAUGGAGGUUGGCUAAAGCUCAAGUCCUCGCCAUUGAUGCUGGCUAUCACCAACUUAUUAGCCAUUGGUUAAGAACUCAUUGUUGUACAGAACCUUACAUAAUUGCCACCAACCGGCAACUCAGUGUGAUGCACCCAAUCUAUAGACUAUUGCACCCACAUUUCCGGUACACAAUGGAGAUCAAUGCCCUAGCUCGAGAAAAGCUAAUCAAUGCUGGUGGGAUCAUCGAAAGCACUUUCUCACCUGGCAAGUUCUCCAUGGAGCUCAGCUCUGCUGUAUACGACGUGGUGUGGCGUUUUGACCACGAGGCACUGCCCCAAGACCUAAUCAACAGGGGGAUGGCUGCUGAAGAUCCAAAUUCUUCUCAUGGCCUAAAGCUCACAAUUGAAGAUUACCCCUACGCCAAUGAUGGACUUGUUCUCUGGGACGCAUUGAAACAAUGGGUGACUGAUUAUGUGAACCACUAUUACCCUGAUCCAAAACUUGUCGCCUCCGAUCAAGAGCUCCGAGCAUGGUGGAAAGAGAUAAAAACCGUCGGACAUGGAGAUAAAAAGGAUGCGCCAUGGUGGCCUGAGCUCAAAACCCCGAAAGAUUUAAUCGAAAUCGUCACAACCAUCGCAUGGGUGGCCUCCGGUCACCACGCAGCCGUAAACUUCGGGCAGUAUCCAUACGCAGGUUAUUUCCCAAACAGGCCAACCAUUGCAAGAAUCAACAUGCCCACAGAGGACAACUCCGAAGAGGGCUGGAAAUUCUUAUUGGAGAAGCCGGAAGUUGUGCUUUUGAGAUGCUUUCCGUCACAGGUUCAAGCGGCGACGGUGAUGACGGUGCUGGAUGUGCUCUCGAAUCACUCUCCGGACGAGGAGUAUUUGGGGCAGCUGGCGGAGCCGGCUUGGGAGGAGGAUCCGCUCGUGAAAAGUGCUUUUGAGAAGUUUAAUGGGAAGUUGACGGAGUUUGAGGGAGUUGUGGAUGCGAGGAAUGCGAAUAAGGAGUUGAAGAACAGAAAUGGAGCUGGGAUUACGCCGUAUGAGUUGUUGAAGCCGUUUUCCGAUUCUGGUGUCACCGGAAAAGGAGUUCCUUAUAGCAUUUCCAUCUAGGGUUGAGAUCUAGUAACAAUGAGAAACUAAGAGGAGUAAUAAAUGUGUGCAUGAGAAAGCAUGAAAAUGUUUCACCGAGA